UAUGGUUGAAAAAAUUGCAGUCCCUGGGGUGAAAGUCCCUACAAGGAUGCUGUGGAAAGAACUCCAUUAGGGGGCUUGUCUCUUUCUGCUUUCCUGUCUGAGUGGGCUCUUAUGACGUUGCUGGAACCAGCUCAAAGUUUGGCCAACUUGAUAUACAUCGGGUAUAACUGUGGUGCUGCAUCAGCACUCCGUCUUACCAGGAGAAGAUCAGUCGAUCGAAAGAAACAACAGACAGAUCGAAAUGUUUACCAGUGCUUUGUUUUUGGUCCUAAAGGAUCUGGCAAAUCGGCCUUGCUGAAGUCAUUAUUGGGAAGGCCUUUCUCAGAAAAUUAUGCGGCGACAACUGACGAGCACUAUGCUGUUAAUGUUGUUGACCGUCUUGGGGGAACUAAGAGAACUCUUGUACUUGGGGAGAUUCCAGAAGACGAAGUUAAGAUGCUUCUAUCUAAUAAGGAAUCUUUGGCGUCUUGUGAUGUAGCAGUGUUUGUAUAUGACAGGUGAAUAAUGCAAAAUCUGAAUUAGACUAAAGGCUUUUCUGCACAGUAAAAUUCAUUGUUAUACACCAACGCUUGGAUAUAGAGAGGUUGUUCUAAAAUUUUAUGGGGGUGAAAAGCCCUGUGUUUCUUUCACUUACAAAGGCAACUCUCUUAUUCUAACAUUUCUUUUUGAUCAGGCCCUCCUCUCUCUUAUGCUAACAUUAUUUUGGGAAAUCACAACUAUUGACGUGUACACACAAACACAUCUUUAACCAUCAGGAGUAUGGACUGCUCAUAGGCUCCAUCUUUUUUAAAGUUGUACAAAAUCAGCUAGCAGAAGCAUCUGUUGCUGUGAUGCAACUUGGUUAUAUCACUCUGUAUAUUUGUUGGUUAAAAAUUGAUAUUAUACUGGAUCCUAGAUUAAUCCAUCCAUAGUGGUAUAUAGGCCAUUAGAUGGUACAUUAUCGUGGCUCUUUUGUUUUUACAUGUUGUUGGGUCUAUUUAAUGGUUAAUCACAAUUUUGUUCCCCACCCUUGCGGUCAAAGAAUAACCCCCUCCAUGAUAUGUAUGACAUUUACAGACUAGUUAUGGUUCCAUCUGAUAUUAACCUCAUAUCUUCUCUCUUACUAU